AUGGCCAUGUGUUUCAAGUCUGAAUCAUCUUCUAAUUCUUCCUCUGGAGUUCGAUACAGUUAUGAUGUCUUUUUGAGUUUUCGAGGGGAAGAUACUCGCAAGAAGUUUACAGACCAUCUUUAUUAUGCACUAGAUCAAGCAGGAAUCCAUACAUUUCGCGAUGAUAAUGAACUUCCCAGAGGAGAAGAAAUCUCCCAACAACUCCUUAAGGCAAUUGAGGAAUCAAGGAUUUCUAUAGUUGUCUUCUCCAAAGGUUAUGCUUCAUCAACAUGGUGCCUUGAUGAACUAGCAAAGGUUAUGGAGUGUAAAAAUAGCAUGAGGCAGAUUGUUCUUCCUGUAUUUUAUGAUAUUGAACCAUCGGAUAUUCGCAAACAGACUGGGAGUUUUGCAGAAGCCUUUAAGAUGCAAGAUUUUGAUAGGAUCAAUUCUUUAAUUGCUGGUGACUAUAUUAACUGGGAAUCACUGCCAAACUUAUUUGAGAGCUCUCCUAAUCGCGAAGUUCAUUGUCAGCUGACCAGAAGUGUAGGGGUCAGGAGAGGAGUGAGAAUAAUCCCAUAA